AUGAGCAGCUCAGAUACCGGAGAUAAAACUAUGGAUACAGUGCCAGGAGGCGAAACUCCGCAAUACGAGUCCAUUAAGACACAGACGCUUCCGACCCCGAAGCAGAGAGGCCAGCUUGGCUCUGGUCCAAAUACCUCUGAAGAAGCCUCGAUAUCGGAAGAGCGUGCACAAAAGACCGCCGACAAUAUUAGGUAUGGCCAGAAUAUCUCGGAGUCUGGGGUAGGAGGCAAGACAACCUCUUCGAUUGGCUCCGCAGGUCAAGAAGGCGGUUUCGGUGGUACACCAGAUCAGAGCGGAAAACAGCCAGAUUCGAGACCACAGCAAGGGUACGGGCCCGGUUCUGGCGUCGGAGCAUGA